CCUCCCCAAAAGGAUGGAAGGCGUGGGCGGCUCGGUGCUGUUGUGAAUGCCUGGCAGAAGACUUGAUCCCAGCGGAGUUGAAUAGCCGAGCAUCCCAGCUUCUCUAGCCUGCUCCCGGGCUCCAGUGUUGAGCCUGGGCAAGGCUGCUUCCCUCCAGUCCUGGGGCUGGGUGCAACCUCCCUCGUUCCUCGUGUCUGAGUCAGGACAAGCGGAUCCCACCCUCCAGAUCUCAUGGAGUCGGUGACAUUUGGCGACGUGGCUGUGCACUUCUCUCGGGAGGAGUGGCAGUGUCUGGAUUCUGGUCAGAGGGCCCUCUACAGGGAGGUGAUGCUGGAGAACCACAGCAGCGUGGCAGGACUCGCAGGAUUCCUGGUCUUUAAGCCUGAACUGAUCUCCCGGCUGGAGCAAGGACAAGAGCCGUGGGUCCUUGAUCUACAGGGAGCAGAGGGGACAGAGGCACCGAGGAUUUGCCAGACAGACUCUGCUGUUAGAACUGAUCGCAAGCAGACCUGUGAGUACACGAACCCUCUCCAGAGGCAGAGUCCUGCCUUUGGAGACAAUUUGGAUUCUAAGGUCUGGUCAGAGAAUUGCCCAAGAAGCCUUGGGCUAAGAGUGAGUGGCUCGCUUUUCCAGAAGCACCAUUUGAAUAGUGAGACCAUGAUGCCCAAGAACUCCACAAAGGAUGCUGUCCAAGAAUGUAAGGAGCUGCAGGCUGCUGAUCUGAGUUCUCAGCCUGAGGACCAGAGAAACCACCGGAGCUCAAAACUGAUCCAGCGUCAAAGCGUUGCCACCGGAGAGAACCGUUACCCAUGUGGAGAGUGUGGGAAAGCUUUCAGGUGGCGCUCUCGCCUGAAUCAGCACAAGCUGAGCCACACCGGAGAGAAAUCGUAUCAGUGCAACAAGUGCACAAAAGUCUUCGCUUCUAGCUCACGACUGAUUCGCCAUCAGAGAGCUCACACCGGAGAAAAGCCGUUUAAAUGUGACCAGUGUGGGAAGCGCUUCGUCCUGGGCUCGGUACUCAUUCAGCAUCAGAGAAUCCACACCGGAGAGAGACCAUUUAAAUGUGCUGAGUGUGGGAAAGGUUUCCACCUGAGCGCAAAACUGGUUCAGCAUCAAAGAAUUCAUACUGGAGAGAAGCCUUACCGAUGUGACCAGUGUGGGAAAACCUUUGGUCAGAGCUCAAGCCUCGUCCAUCAUCAGAGAAUCCACACCGGAGAAAGGCCUUUCAUUUGUCAAGAGUGUGGGAAAGCCUUCUGCCAGCGCUCACAGCUUAGCAGACACCGGAGGACGCACACGGGAGAGAGGCCCUACUCUUGCCAGGAGUGUGGCAAGGCCUUCUGCCAGAAAGCAACUCUAGCCCAGCAUCAGAGGAUGAUGCAUACAGGGGAGAAAUCUCAAGUGCCGAGAGCCUCGGAGAGCCCAAGCCUUAUUGCCUGUCAGGGAAAUACCACUGAAGAGAAGCCAUUUAAGUGUGAGCAGUGUGGCAAAGCUUUCAGGUGGCUCUCUCGCCUGAAUCAGCACCAGGUGGUCCAUUCCGGAGAGAAACCUUACAAGUGCAACAAGUGCACAAAAGCCUUUGGCUGUACCUCCCGACUGAUUCGCCACCAGAGAACUCACACCGGAGAAAAGCCGUUUAAAUGUGACGAAUGUGGGAAGCGCUUCGUCCAGAGCUCACACCUUAUUCAGCAUCAGCGAAUCCACACCGGAGAGAAGCCUUACGUGUGUGAUGACUGUGGGAGAGCUUUUACCCAGAGCUCCAGCCUCAUUUACCACCAGAGGAUCCAUAAGGGAGAGAAGCCGUAUAAAUGCAUCCAGUGUGGCAAAGCCUUCAGCAUGAGCACACAGCUCACCAGCCAUCAGAGAACUCACACUGGGGAGAGACCCUAUACGUGUAACGAGUGUGGGAAGACCUUCCGUCAAAACUCAACCCUUUUCCAACACCAGAUAAUUCAUGUUCGAGUAAAGCCCUAUGAGUGUAAUGAGUGUGGAAAGGCCUUCAGCCGGAGCUCCUACCUUAUGGAACACCAGAGAAUACACACUAGAGCCCAGGGGUGCCACGAACUUGGGGACACCCCUGAAAGUUCCACCCUUUUGAACCAUAAAAAAGUGCAUACUGUAAAAAAGUUGUACCAGUGUGAUGACUGCGAUAAGGUCUUCAGGUGGCGUUCAUACCUGAUCAUCCACCAGAGGGUGCACACAGGAGAGCGGCCUUACAAAUGUAAUGCCUGUGGCAAGGCUUUUCAUCAGAUCGCAAAGCUCACUCAGCACCAAAAACUUCACAAGAGAUAGGUCACUUUACCUAAACGUCUUGGUUACUUCUCUCUUGGCCGUGAUUGGCACCAUGACCAAGGCAACUUAUACAAGAGUUCACGUGGGGCUUACAGUUUCUGAGAGCGUCAGUUUCAGAGAGUGUUCACGGCAGUCUUGGCAGGGAGCAUGGCGGCAGGCAGGCAGGCCUGAUGUUAGAGCAGUCGCUUAGAGCUCACAUCUUGAGACAGCCAAUUACUAGGCAUAGAGAUCUAAGUGGAAAUGGCGAGAGGUUUUUGAAAAAACUCAAAGCUGGCUCCCCAGUUACACACUUCCUCUAAAGAGGGCAUACCUCCCAAUAAUUGCCAAACAAUUCCACCAACUGAGGAACACGUGUUGGAUUAUAUGAGCCCCUGGAAGUCGUUCUCAUCCAAACCACCACACUAUAAAUAUGUAACUAUGAAUAAGCCAGGAGCCUUAUUUUAUUUGGGUAAUUUAUGCUGUGAGAAACUUGACGAGAGGGAAG